AUGGGUGACUUCCCGCCGCCCGAGCGUACCAGCGUUAAGGCGUCCGAACUUGUCCAUCGCGCCGUGGAUAAGAGCUAUGAGGACUUCCGUACGCUAAUUCACCAACUGCCGACGAUGCGCGAGGAGGAACGCCGUGAGCCACUGUUGGCGCAUUUACAGAGCUCCCGCAAGCGCUUCGCGCAGCUUCUGGCCGUGCUCAAGUGGUCAGUACAGUCGCCACUGCUGCAGCAGUGCGACACGCUACUACAACAGACCGAGACGUACCGUAACAAUGUGAACGAGACCAACGACCGACUGUUCUUUAUGCACGCGGAUCUUAACCGCGCCAAGGAGCGGCGGUACGACCUCAGUACAGCCGCAGACGUACUCUAUGGAGGCAGCUAUCUGCGGCUUCCUACCAUCAUCAAGAACGCCAUGUUUCCGCGAGAAUUGCCCGAAGUGGAUACAGAACAGGCAGCGACGGAGGUGGCGGACAUCAUCCGCUUCCGUCUCAUCGAGGCGGAUAUUCCAGAGCAGUUCUCCAACAUUAAGCUGGAGGGAGGCUUCGUCACGUGUCAGGCGGAAGGCGAGUUCGAGAUCGUACUAACCAUUCAGGGCAAGGAGAAGGACGCUAAGUGGAGAGUUAUCAGUGUGAACACAGCGCUUACAGAUGCACAGGCUUUUGAGGACCAUUCACAGGCGGCGUCCACGAGCGCGUUGCGCAUUAUUCGAUCGAAUGCACCGAACGCAGCGCACUACAACCACUUGAAGAAUCUUGUACAGCGAGCCAUGAACAAGUCGGAGAAGCCAUUUGUGGACGCUUUCAUGGUGAUGCGAGAGUUUUGUUCGUCAUUGGCACUACAGAUCUUGGCAUCGCAGGGAAAAUUACUGAUGGAAGGUCGCUGGAAGAACCGCAUCAUGAUUAAGCACCUCCGAGACCAGAAUAUUUUGGAUAUUUGCUACUGGCCCAAGGCUUGUGUGCGGAAGGAAGCGCAGGCGCUAACGGAGCAGCAGAGAUUGAUUCAACAGUUAAGCGACCCGAUAGCAACAGCUCGAAGAGGGUCAGCGCUCCCGUAUCCCGAGUCGAGCUUGUGUGUUCGACUGGGUUUCGACCCGAACAAGAAGAAGCUUCUCUCUGUUAGUCUUAGUCCGUCGCUCCCACCGAAUCUUCCAGGGUAUGCAUCGUUACUGAGCGCAUUGGAGGUGCCCUCCAACAUGUUCCUGCUGAGUGCUGAGAACCUGCUGAUUGCGGCGAUGCGAGCUCACGUCUCGGCUGCUCUGUUCUCCAUAGGCCGGCUGCUUGUGGUUGAUUCUCCCGAUGACAAGGCUUCCACACAACUGGUUUCUGGAGAAGAUGUCGCUAUGGUUUGCUCGGAUACGAGCUUACGAAUUGCGCGGGCAGAUAUUGGUGGACUGCAGCAGUUUCUGGAGGUGACAUUUGACAUUCGUGAAGGACGAUUUAUUGUGAGUUCAGUUGCUGCGGCGAGACAAUCCGCGUUUUACAUCACAGUGAAGCAACUGGAACGGAUAUUAAACACUCAGUGUAAGAUCGAGCUUGGGGGUAAUGUUGACAAGUCGUUCCCGAAUGAUUUUGCGCUGGUUUCUGGUGAUGGGAAAGGUGACAAGUCGAACGAGUUGAUCCACACUAGUGUUCGGAAGGUUUUGUGCGAGAUCGUGGCUGACGAAGUAGCACAGAUCGGCUCUUCCUUCAAGGGAAUUGAAGUGCUGCGUAGUGUUAACUUGAACUGGGAGCGAUAUCUCGCCUUCCGACAGCAACACGGCGGACAGACUGAAGAUUUAUCGAUCUCGGACACUGCGUUGUAUUUCCAGCUUACAUCUUCCAAGGAAUCUACUUGUUACCUGGUCAUCGAGAUCGACAAGUAUGGCGAGGUGGAUGGCAUGAACGGAAAUGUGCACGAAGCUGCUGAAGCGGAGGAAUACAUACGAUUGCCAUGCUUCUCGCUACUCCAGACAAGUGCAGGCCUGCCGGGGCAACCAUCAGGUGUGCAGUUUAUCCAGCGCUUCGGAGCUUUCAAGAAGGAAGACCUACAUCCGUCCGUCACGCGACACAACGAGAUUAUUGGGAAUAGUCUUCGUGGCAAUAGUCGGAAGCGUCCUUACAGCUCGAAUGGCACUUCGUUGGUAGGAAGAAACAUGAGGACAACGAAAAAGGCGCUGCUCGAUGGAGGACGGGUACAAGAAAGCACUGGCUACUGGCUGGAUGACGCCGAGCAUCAAGCAGUCUCUCGCAAUUUUGUUCCACAUAUUGCGUCGGUGUUGCUGCAUGCAAUCAACAUGUGCAGCGAGAGGAUCCAGUUACAGCACUUUGUGAACUUUGCUCGACGACGCAAAUCGAGGAUUCGCUACUCCGGUGAAGCUGGUACGGCAAACAGAGAGGGCACAGGCGGUCAGGUGGUCACGCUUUCCUUCCCAGAAAAGGUCAACACAGAUCCAUUGAAGAUCGUUGCUAUUCAAGGCCACCUGAAACAUGGAGGAGGGUUCGAGCUGUGUCUUCAGUUGGCUUCGCCCCCAUUCAAGUUCAUUUCGCCGAAAAAGCCGAAAGACCACUUGUUAUCGGAGCGCUCGCACUAUGUCAACGAACGAGGCCAGUUGAUCUUUAGAUACCCUACGACGAUGGUGACGAGCGAGCUUUUCAGUGAGAACCCGCUAGAAAUGUUCAUGGUCGAGCUGAUCUGCGUCGUGAGACCACUCUGUGAACUCGCCGUGAAGCUGGAGAAGAUGCUGACCGCUGUUGGACGCUACACUAAUGAUAUUAAGGACGACGGUCAUUUCUAUGUGGAAAGCGCCGACCCGUUUGCGAUUGUCUUGGCCUGUCGAGCGCCCAACCCGAGGCACUGCAUUGCUGCUGGUUCUUCGCCCGAUGGAUUGACGACGUACCGUGUGACGGUGCAGUUCAAGCAGAAAAUGGGCUUCGUGGUUAACUACAGUCACAAAGCUGAACAUCCCCUGAUGCAUUUUAUCCAGUCAGCGCUAAAUGGACACAGUGACCCGGCACAGUUUGUGGAAGCUUUAGAGCGCACGUGCGUCCCCAUGGGCAUCUUGGCGAGCGUUGUAGAGUCCCAGCUGCUUUGCGCCAAAUACUACCGCCAAGAUCCUCCGCCCAAUGCGAAGGAUGGAGCAGCAAAUGGAGGUCCCAAGGCCUUCGGUCGAGGGAAGAUGGGUGGAAAGGGAAUGAAACUGGGUUACAAGUUUAAGCUUCCAGGCGAAGAGAAGGGCUAUUACGCUGAAAAGUCCAUUGGAGGAGAUGACAAGUCUUUCGUGCCAGCUGAACUGGUGAUGAUCCCGCGGUCGCAAACUCAGGUUCGCCUGUCCUAUGGAGACCGCUGCGCCGUAGAUAUUUAUUUCCUGGAGAAUCACUCGGUGAAGAUGCAGAGUUCAUCAGGAGGUGUUCGUGUCCCGAGCUGUCCGUCUGAGAAGGGCAUCGUCGUGGAUUGCCAGAAUUUUGCUGAAAAAUUGCGCAGCACGUUGUCGGAGAUGGCAUCGGCUUAA